CCUGUGUCAGGGAAAGGCCUAGCGGGAAUUUCAGUGACAUCUUAUUUUGUUUCCUGCUUUGGAAUAGUAUUUAGUGAAAUUUGCUUGUUCUGAUGUUGCCUUAUCUCUUAUAUACGGAUGUGAUUUCAUUUAACACCCAACAUGUGAGUAAGUGUUUCUAGAUAAUAAAUUGCAGGUACUGUUUGAAUAACUGUUGGUUUAUCUCUUAUUCAUGUUUAACUACUACUUAAUGACCAUAUCAACUUGAAAAUCAGAAAGAAUUAUUAUCAGUAGAACGUUUCAUUUAAAGUAUAUGUUAAUGUGUUUUCAAACUGCACUAUAGGUGUUUUCCUCUGUGAUGCAUGUAAGAUGUACUGAUUAUUGACAUGUGCGUAUGUGGCCAAAUGGCCGUGUGACAAAGCUGGGAUUUAGGUGGGCAUGCAGACGUCAUUAAGCAUAUGCAGAUUAAACAUAGUUUUUUCGUGGGCAGAGAGUAUGGAUCUGAUGGUGGACCCGCUGCCAGGUAUCUCGAGCCCAAGUUCAACCUCUUUGCAAAGCAGGUGUCCACUAACACCGGAAUGGCUGUCCCACACAUCGAUAUCAAGACUGUCAUUGCCACUACCUUGUAUCUCAAAUCCUAUGGCGGUGGACUCUUCAUACUGUACAGCUCCUUCGGAGCAUUCUUACUGCUUGUUUAUCUUGCACUCAUAACCCCUGUUAUGUAUGACUUCUACAACUACGAAAUGGGGUCGCCACAAUUUUUUCAGCUGCUUACCCAGUUUUCUCAGAACCUGGCCCUUUGCGGUGCACUGAUCUUCUUCCUGGGGAUGAAGAAGUCCAUCCCAAGGAGGCAGUCGAAGAGAAGGACUGUGAAGACCAAAACAACUUGAUGGAAGUCAGCAAAGAUUUGUAGUAUGAUUUGGAAACUAUUAAUAUUAAGGGAUUUAAGCCAUCUAGCUUGCUCAGGUCUAGUUCAUUCCUUGCAUGUGUAAACUCAGAAAAUUUAGCGACUGUUUGCUCUUUUGCACUUAUGUUUUACGAUUAGCACGCUGGUUGAAUGGUAUGGGAAUAUGUGUUUAAUCA